UCAUAAAUGUAAACAAAAUAUUAAUACAAAUAAAAUAUUUAGAAAUGUCUCUUUUGCAAAAGUUGUCUUAUACAGAAUACAAAUACGCUUCUACACUUAGUAUAGAAAAAUGUGAAAUCAUAGCAAAAUUAGCUGACCUGAAAUUAUCUUUCAAUGUAAAUGAUAGUAAAAAGCCAGGUGAAUUAUUGAUUAAAUAUCUUGAUCGCUGUGGAUGCUCAUUACAACAAUAUAAAUGUCUGGUCAACUCUGCCCUAAAUACAAGAACAGUAAUUACAUAUUACCAUCCACAUUCAAAAGUAGCCAUACUCAUAGCAAAUGAAAGAUAUGAACAUUUGUCUAAAUUAGCUACACCAUCAAUGGAUUGUGAAUCACUGGCAUGUAACCUAAGAAAUCUUGGUUUUAUUACAAUAAUAGUGAAAAACACAAAAAUCAGCAAUUUAAAGGAUAUUUUAUCUAAAAUAAUUAUAACAAUACCCGAAGACUCAUACUGCUUAAUUUUUUAUGGAGGCCAUGGCUGUGAAAUAUGCAAUACAAAAUGUAUCCUUGGUAUAGAUUGUCCCACAGAAAAUAUAAAAUUCAGUCACUGUCUUACUGAAAAUUGGCUGUUAAGAGAGGUUGCAAAAUGUAAACCGGAGACAUGUAUUCUUAUUAUGGAUAUGUGUAGGAAUAAUUUAGAUAGGAAUGUAAAUUCCAAUAUAUAUGCAUCAAUGUCUGAUUUGGAAGAUUAUACCAUACACAAUAAUCUUUUUAUAAGUUACUCUACACAGUCCUCUGAAGCAGCAUAUGAGUUUAUUCAAAUUGAAUGUUCAACUACAAUUGACAGUAGUGUUACAUAUGAAUUAAAGACUGGUGAUACUGAGAAAAUUGUUCCUGGUGCAAGCCAAUAUAUAAAUGCUUUGUGUACAAGAUUGGUUGAAAAUUUCGAUAUAAGUACAUUAUUAGAUAAAGUUCACGCAGAUGUUGAGAACUCAAUAAAAAAACAGAGACCUAUCAAAGUUCAAUGUGGAGUAAAUAAGAGGUCAUUAUAUGAUCCUGUCAAAGGUGACACAAAAGAACUCCUAACAAGGUUAAGAGAUAUUUUAAAAAACUAUAAGGAAAACUGUUCUGUAUUUUGAACUUCAAUGGUAUUUCAAGACGAGUGACCAUAAGAUGAGGCAGUGCUAAAUAAAUGAUACUUAAAUGAAAAUAUAAUUAUAAGUCAAUAACAAGUA